UGUCGAUACUGAGAUCUACACAUAUAAGACGGCAAAUGCACUUGUGACACAUGGACUAGGAUGAACCAGUUCCUGGAAUUGAAGGAUCUCCUCACAGAUGCUACAUAGAUGAGAUGCACGACCUUUUGGUAACCGUCGACAUAUGGUAGACAAACCCCCGAUGCAAAUACCGAGUAAAUUUCCGUACAUUAUCCACGGGCAAGUAUCAUCCUUCGGCCCAUGGAUCACAGUUGGCGCCGUGAGUAAACGAUUCUCAUCACCGGCACGUAUGUAUAAUCAUGUGUUGGUCAACGUCUUCGGAGACCGCCUUGAUCUAUAUCGUGGGGUGGACCUGGAUGACGGAGAGGUGGUCGCUGCAUGUAUGGAAUUGGCAUGAAGGUGGCCAAGCCGAUAAUAUACAUGUGGCUGGUGAAGGUCCCUGCUUUCGCGAUAUCUGCUUUCUUACCAUGGAGAAGCUUCUAGCUCUCUCACGUGGUCAUAUGGAGCUUUACGACGUCAAGGACCUGACGAAGGCACCGCAGCUUCAAGCAAGAUUCACGCUGCCCGUAAAUGCAUUCGACUUCUGCUCUCGAUAUCCUUCGAUUUUGCACAGUGCUCGCCUCCUUUUCAUGAAUAUCCCUCCAUCACAGUUUAACAAAGAUGGACUGACCGUUCCGUGGAUAUCAUGGGGUCCACAAAAUAGUCGCUACUUCCGAGGCACGAGAAUAUCUGGUGUGGGAGGAUCUCCUGUUGUAUGGGUUGAUCAUCGCAAGGAUCCUGACACCCACUCGUCGGUUCAUAUGAUGGAUUUCAAACCAUCCACCAUGGCGCGUGGCAUCGGCAAGGAUAUGCCGGUGGCAACCUACCUCCAUUACGUAGAGGUAGUCGGGGCUACGUCCUUGACCAGUGCGAGACUUCUGCUAUUAUCCUGGACGAGGAGAUGGUGUCGAUUUUUUCCUUGUGCUGGUGCCACGGAGCAGACAUUGGUCGAAGUCAUCAGCUUAUGGUCUACAAGCGAAGUGUACAAAUGGAUAUUAUAAUAAUUCUGUGCAUACAAUGUUGGUAGAAUGGACGGAGAGAAAGAGCUAACGUGUCUACGCGGCGUACACUAUAGAGCUGCGUAAAGUUUUGGGUGCGAACAGAAA